AUGAGCAAUCUAUCAACCCCUCAACGAAAACAAAGUAAUGCAGGUGGCCACCAAGGUGAACUACCCGAAAAUGUUUCCUCACGAGGUGCUAAACGUGAACAUGAAGACGACGACUCGGAAGGUGAUGAGGAUGAGACAAAAUCAGAAAAGCGUGCUGGCCGUCGUAAAAUUAAAAUUGAAUAUAUUGAUGACAAGAGCAGACGCCAUAUCACUUUUAGUAAGCGAAAAGCUGGUAUAAUGAAGAAGGCAUAUGAAUUAAGCACGUUGACAGGCACUCAAGUUCUUCUCUUGGUCGUGUCUGAAACCGGAUUGGUGUACACUUUUACCACUCCGAAACUUCAGCCUCUGGUCACCAAGCCUGAAGGUAAAAAUCUGAUUCAGACGUGUUUAAAUGCUCCUGACAAUCCAUCAACCACCGAUACCGCACCAACACCGACGAGACAAGCUCAAACGCCUCCAGUAUAUGGAAACGAUAGUUCUUCACCACUCGAGAGCAGUGCUGAUAAUAUAUACGACAAUGAACGGAAGCAUCCAUCAACAAGUGGUCAACUUGCCAACACCCCGACCCACAACUAUGCUACCGCUCAACAACAAGCCGUCACCGCCCAACAACAGCAACUCAACAUGGGAUACACGAAUCAAUAUCCAAGUCUCACCGGAAAUUUACCGAUGAAUACUGGACUUCCGAACAAUUACAUGCCACCGCAAUAUCAACCACAGCACAAUCAACAGUACCUUGGUCAGUAUUCUCAAAAUGCAUCGUACAUGCAAUCCAAUUACUGGAAUCCAAAUGGAGGCAACGGAAGCGGAAAAGUUCAGCAAUUCCCGAAUCAAUCGCCAGAAAAGAAAUAA